ACAGAUUCGAGCAUGCACUACUCCCACUUGAUCAGAACUUGGUCCAGGCAUUGUCUGUGAGCAAAGCAGGGAACUUUACUCCCAGUGCACAAGGUGUCAGUAUUGUAAUUUUUGCCUGUUAGGAGCUUCGUUUGAAGAAUUCCAGCUUACAGUCUUCACUUUUUCUUCUAGACUGUUGCAUAGUUGUUGUAGAUGUAAGAGGGCACUCUUAAACACAGUUGGAUAUUCUUUCUGCCUUAUUUGAGUGUUCUGUGUGCAAGAAAAUUGCUCAAAAUAAGGUACUUGGAAAUUCUUGGAGUGUUUAAAUGUGUUCAAAGAUACUUUUAAUUUUGCAUACACAUUUUGAAUUAUGGACAGCUGGAAAAAGUAACUGAUUUUGGUGUUUGAUUUCUAAAGAUAUCAAACUUGUUUAGUUAAAGGCAAGUGGUGGUAAGCCUGUCAGUAUUACCUUGCUGUCGAGAUUCAACUUUUUUGUUUGUUUGGUGUUGAGGGGCAAUAUUGACACUUAUUUUACCUCCUUGGAUAGUUGAUAGAGUUGAGUUCUUUGAGAAGCAGACAGGAACUGUUAGCCUUCCUCCCUCCGUAGUUUUAGUGUCACCAGCUACUGGAGAUCUUGGUCGUGUCAUGGGACACCUCAACGUAGCUUUCAUUAGAACAGUAGGGUGUAACUGUUCAGGUGUGGAGAUCGUUGCAGGACCUGGGCUGGAUUUUAUGACAGUCUGGAAUUUAUAAUCAAACUUACCUCUCUACUCAUGCACUUUUCUAUUCUAAAUACAGAGGUAAAAUUGCCAAAACAAGGGCUUUCUGUUGUUACUCGUCCUGACCAGUCAAUUCAGCAGUUUUAUAGGAAGGAAUCACUCCUGGAGAUCAGCUACGGUUUGCUAUGAUCACUUGCCGCCCUCAAGUCCAAAUCAGUUAGACGCAUUUAAUUUUUCAGAGCUUUAUUUUAUAAAACUGGCCAGUUUUAUUUUAUAAAUCUGUUUUGAUAAAACAGGAAUCUGAAGGAUCACGUUUUGUCUUCCCAGGGGAGUGUAAGAUGUUAUGUUACUGAGAUACUUGUGCUAUAUGUAGCUUUUGCUGGGGAGAGAUGCCGUGCAGUGUUUUGUAGCCCCUGUGGCCAGCAUUUUCUGUACACAGGUGGAACAUUAUUGCUAAGCAGACGUUCUUUAGUCAGACAGUGCUUGCUGUUACAGGUUUCACAACUAUGUUACUUAAAAGCUCAAGUCAGAAGGUCAGAGAGCUUGUGACUUUAUAUUUAAAUGGUUAUAAAUAUAUUGGUGAUUAUAUUUAUAUAUAUUUAAAGCUUGUAUUUAAGCAGUCUGCAUAGGCCCAUUUAAAAAUCUGUGUUUGGGCAGUAAGUUUGCCCUGUGGAGCUACUGGAGAACUGAUGCAGCACUAGUUACAUAUGUUCAUGAUGUAUAGUAAUGCUAAGAGUCUGAAACACAAUAUUUUUGCUGUAGUUGAGUGAAGCGUGACAAUCUUGUUUCACACUUGUUAGAGUAGCCUUGUAUAUUAAGUAUUCUGCCCUGUUAACUGUUCUUUGUGAUGUGCAAGUACUAGGAUUCCGACCUCCAAGAUGGUAAUUCCUUCCUUGGAUUCCUUAGGUUUUGCAGUUGUCUUUUUGUUUUGUUUUGUUUUUUCCAGCCAAGUCACUUAGAUUGUGCUAGAGAUGAGAGAGGUGUUGAUUAGUUACAUCUUAAGCAUGUCUCACCUGAGACAGAAUUGGAAUUCUGUCAUCUGGGGGGCUCACAAGUGAUACCUGAAUGCAGCUGGGAGUGAAGGGGAGUGACAAGUCAUGUGAGACAGCACAGAGGAGAAUUAGCCAGAGGGAGUUGAAAGAAUAGAGGAUUCAACAGAUAUGCUUUAGGGCAAGGUUAAGAGAGGGUAUAGGAUAGUAGCUGCUAAAAUACCCUUCUUGCUGUUUGUGUUGACUUGAAGCUCCUUUCAGUGCUAGCGUUGGUUCCAGGAUGUCUUGUUAGGGACACUGGUUUCAUCACUUCCAUCUAAUGUCAACUUUGUUUAGCGUGGCUGUUUUAAUGAUGAAACACUACUUUUGAUCAAGGCAAUGUGUGGCACAUUUCAGUUUUCUUUGGGACUCAGCUUUUGUAUUCAAUGGCUUAUGACUAAAAUUUACUAAAAUUUGUAAAGCCCUGUAAUGGAGAAUACUGUAUAACUGGGCAUCACGUAAUACACUAGCUUCACUUUAGAAAGACAGGAACAUUAGAAGCAUUUGAUCCAGUUUUGUCCCCAAACUUCUUGUGAAGUGAUACUUCAGCCUUUUACUACCUAUUUUUGUUAGCCUAGAAAGAAUAGAACAGGGAAGUGAUUUUAUGCUUUUUUUAAAAAACAAAAACAAAAAACACUAGGUCCCCCGAAAACAAGCCUAGUGCUUCCCUUUUAGGGACUGGAAGUUGUUCAUAAACUGAGAUAUCCUUAAACACCACAAACUCAGAAGGUCUGUGUUAAAGGAGGGCUACAGGUGACUCCAAAGACAUAAUUAACAUGGGGCAGGUUGUAGCUAGUUGCCACCUUAGUUACAGUCCAGUCCAUAAGGGGUGUAGCCACAUGCUGAUCUGCUCACAGUGCAGAUCAUGACAUACUCCAUGACAUGGUUUCCAUGCUGUAUGGCUGUACUGAGAUGCAGGCAAAGGAGUGAAGAGUGAAUUCACACUUUAGAGAGCAGCGAAGACCAUCUUGCCAUGAAACCAUUCACAGAUGAAGAUGUAGAAAUCUACAUCCAGAGCAAGGUGGAACCACGACAUUAUCUGGUUUCCAAAACAGUGGAGGAGGUGCAGAAAAUCAUCCAGCAACUGACCACAGAAAUCAGCUAUAAGGCCACACGAUUCCAGGCUAUCUCCAACUCUGGCAUUCACAAUGAGAAUAUUAAGGUCUUAGCACCCAGCCAAUUCCUCAUCACAGUCCCUCUGCGUGGCCUGACCGGGUACAGGGAAUGCCAAGUGCGGCACUGGCGUUAUUACACUGUGCACGGAGCCAAGCUCCUCUCCUCUGUGCGGGACCCCGAGGAACUGCAUCAAUGGCUAGAGGUGGAGCAGUUCUCAAAAAGCCUUCAGCAGUGGCAUGAAACAGACGUGAACAUCGAAGGUGAUCUGGUUCCAGCCAAAGUCCUUGUCGUCUUCCGGGAGCUGGUGGAGAAGUCAAUUAUCUCCUGUAACCUCUCCAGCAAAGUGACAGUGCUGGAGAGCUUCAGCUCAGUGGUCCGGGUAGCUGUGGAGACGUCAGAAUCCCAGGUGGAGGUGGAGCUGGUCCCUACCGUGGAGAUCCCGACUUGCUGGCCCGAGAAAGCCCGGUGGCCUCGCUGCCUUAAGCGUUGGCCUUCCCAGGAAAAAGUGCAGUGCAUCAAGUCUCUUGGUUUUGACCUUUUGGCCCGCUCCAAUUAUCACUGGCAGCUGUGCUUCGCCCGUGCUGAGCAUAUGCUCAUGGAAGGCCUCGAUGAAGAUGGUGGUUGUCGCAUGAAGUGCUUCAGGGUCAUGAGGCAGAUGAAGGAAGAUGUCUGGUGUGCUGGAAAUAAGCCUAUCAUCACUGCUUAUCACCUUCAGACAGUGCUAUUCUGGACGUGUGAAAAAUACCCACGCACCAAGGAUUGGCGCUGCUUCCGCGAAGCCUUCCUGAGACUGGUGCAGAAGCUGCACAAGUGCGUAAGCCAGCACUUCCUCAAGCAUUACUUUGUCAAGAACGCCAAUCUGCUCAAAUACGCUAACACCAGUGACCUGGACGUGGUGGCCAGCAAGCUCGCAGUCUUCUUAGAGAACCCUGUCUUCUGCCUGGACUGAGGCGGGAGAAGGCCUCCUCGCCCCAGCUUUGAGCUGUUCCCCCACCUCUCCUCCCCGCUGGUGGUUGUUCUUCGUGUGUCCUUCCAGUAGAUGUUGCAGCUGGCUUUCUAACACAGUUGGCACAUGCAGCGUGAAAGCGACGUGUCAAGCUGGCAGCGGUGGGCGGUGAAAACUGAUGGAGGUAUCACUUGAUGCCCAGCCGAUCUAGCUCACUCUCAGCAGUGACAGCCUUCCUGGAAGCUACAGCCCGUGAAACCCAGCUCUGUGUCAGUCAGAGCAGGCAACUGCCUUGUUCUCUGCCUCCAGUCUUGUGGCACGCAAGCAGAAAGGCGUUGCGAAGACGUCUCGCCCUGCUGCCUCCCCGCUGUGUAACCUAGCACACGGGUGGCGGCUGCCUCCCUCGUUCUCACAAGGACACUGUGCUUAAUUCCCUGCCAACCUCACAGCCCAGCUCUGCAGAAGAGCAUGAGGUACAUGAUUUCUGAGGUGUACUGAAGUUGGAAGCUUCCUCUGAGACAGUCUGUGAUGCCUCCCCCUACAGUAAAAUGGGAUCCUGCUCCAGUACAAAGAUAACCACGCUAGUAGCCUUGAAUAGUUCAAGGAAAGCAAGAGGAGGAAUGUUGGUUUUUAGUGCCUCCUCAUUUUUUUCUCCUCCACCUCCAUUUUUCCUCUCAUACUUCAAAUAUAUUUUCUUCAUGUUUGCCAGUUCUGUUAGUGCCAUACAACUAGGGGGCUCUGCCAGAGCAGAUAUCACUCACACCCCCAGCUCCAUCCAACAGGCUGGAGGAGGAGUAAGUUUUUCCCUAGUUUUUAGCACCCAUAUCUUUUUGGGUGGUGUACAGAAGAAUGUUUUUCAAAGGCUCUUAGCUCCAAAACCCUCCGUGCUUUUAAUAUGUUUGUUUAAGAAGAAAAUCAGUUUUAGUAUUUCAAAAGAACAGAGUUCUAGAAUAAAGAAUGUCGGUUUUACAGUAAUUAAAUCAUUGAAACUAAACCAAAGUGGACUUCUUCUUACACCUGUGCAGGGAAGUAAAUAAGUAUCUCCUUUGCCAAGGGAGGUGAGGUGGCAGGGGUGGGAUUUGCAGCCCAUACUCCAGGGAGCGGCUGCGGUGGGUGGCCUGGAAGAGGACCAUCUGUGGCAGAGCAUCUCCCCCUUGUGUCAAACUGUGGUCUAGCCAUGCAUCUUCAGCAUAGUCUCUGCUUUCCGUCUUUACUUUCUAACGCAGGAGUAACUCUUGCUGGAGUUAUUUUAUCUCAUAUCCCAGUCCAACAUUAUCCAAGUCCAGCCCCUGGGUUCCUGGGGUCUCACCCAGGCUUCUGAAGACUUCCCAUCUCACCAGUCCGUUCCACUUGCAUUUGGGAGCUGUGUUGUAUGUGAGUGCUGGUCCCAGGCCCAAGCUGUUUACAGGCUCAGGAAGGAUUCAGGAGAGGAUGCAGAAGUCCUUACCCACCCCACCUCUAAGAGCACCUCCCGGAAGACCCAGAGCCACAGCCCCAAACUUUCUGCUUGAGUCUAUUACUUUCUAUUAAAGAAAGAUCCCACAAA